CUCUCUCUCUCUCUCUAGAUGCAUCUACUUCCAGCUUCGACACAUAUAGGCAAAUACGUAAUCUAUAUGUUUGCAUACAUUGAUCAAUUCAAUAUUAGUUGACGGUUAAUUAUUGUUCGACAGAGCAUUGAUGAUAUUGAUUUGGUUCGCGAUCCAGAAUUUGGUUGAUCCCAGCUGAAUUCAAUAUAUUACACAGUCCACAUUUUUACUUACUCCCUCUAAAUCGGACGCAUUUGCUAUUUCAAGGAUGAAAGGUGGCUGUUAUGGAUUGAGGGUUAAACAACUCUCUAUUGGUCUGAUUGCUCUUUUCUGCAUGACCAUUCUUAUUUGGGUAUCGGACAGAACCCCACUUCUCACCUCCUUACUUCCACCUCGGAAUCACCUGUUGCAGCUAUCUCCAGGAGGUGCAGAGAUUCUAACGGGUGCUCCCCUCUCAAGCUCACCAUCUUCAAUGUCGCAUACAUAUGUGAACAAAGACACACCAACAAAUGCAGAAAAAGAUAUGGUUAAUAAACAAGGCAAACAGCAUUUUAAUGCAUCAGAUCAAAUGGUUCCUGCAAAAAGCUCCCCUGAAAUUAGCUGGAUGGAAACAAAUGUCAUAAUGACUCCUAUUGUGAAGAAAGGAAACAUAUCCACAGGCGCAGAAAAAGAGAUGGUAAAUGAACCAGAGGAACCAAAUUUUGGUGCAUCAGAUCCACUGGGUCAUGCAAAUAACUCUACUGAAAUUAGGAAAACUGAAACAAAUGUAACAACUACUCCUGCUGGAAAGAAAGCCUGUAACUAUGCCAUUGGAAAAUGGGUCAUAGAUGACAGUCGGCCUUUAUAUUCUGGGCUUGGUUGCAAACAGUGGCUGUCAGGGAUGUGGGCUUGUCGGUUGACGCAGCGCACAGAUUUUGCGUAUGAGAAGUUAAGGUGGAGGCCAAAAGAUUGUGAAAUGAAAGAAUUUACUGGGUCUAACUUCCUGAAAAGGAUGCAGGACAAAACUUUAGCUUUUGUUGGGGAUUCGUUAGGUCGACAGCAGUUUCAAUCACUAAUGUGCAUGAUCACUGGUGGUGAAGAGAGGCCUGAUGUCAUUGAUGUGGGGAGGGAGUAUGGUCUUGUCAAAGCUCGCGGUGCUGCUCGCCCUGAUGGAUGGGCUUAUCGGUUCCCAAGCACCAAUACUACCGUCCUCUAUUAUUGGUCAGCUAGCCUGUGUGAUUUGGAGCCAAUUGAUCCCAAAAACCGAGAGACUGAUUAUGCCAUGCACCUUGAUCGGCCACCAGCAUUUUUGCGUCAUUUUAUUCACAAAUUUGAUGUCCUCGUUCUCAACACUGGACAUCAUUGGAAUAGAGGGAAGCUGAAGGCAAACCGGUGGAUCAUGCACGUUGGGGGUGUGCCAAACACCAAUAGGAAGAUUGCAGAGAUCGGAGGUGCCAAAAACUUAACAAUAUACAGUAUUGUGAACUGGGUAAACUUGCAGCUCCCAAAAUAUCCAGGCUUGAAAGCAUUCUUCCGGUCUAUGUCGCCCAGGCAUUUCUUCAAUGGAGAUUGGAACACAGGAGGUACUUGUGACAAUACCACACCUCUAUCUGGAGGGAAGGAAGUUUUACAUGAUAAGCCUGGCGAUUCUGUUGCCGCAGGGGCAGUCAAGGGAACAAGGGUUCAACUUUUGGACAUAACAGCUAUAUCUCAGCUUAGGGACGAGGGUCAUAUCUCUCGGUACAGCAUUAGAGCCACGGAAGGAAUGCAGGAUUGCUUGCAUUGGUGCUUACCCGGCGUUCCUGAUACAUGGAAUGAGAUCCUUUUUGCUCGAAUUUAAUCUGACAAUGCUGGUGUUAUUUAAGAAUUCUUUCCAUAUGUCAGGAAAAAGAGACAUAUUCUACCUUUUCCUGGCUCGGAUGAAAUAUACUACAGAACGUCAUAGGGAUGUAUACACGGGAUCAGAGAUAUUAUUUAUCAAAGUCCCAUACAAGAGCUUGUGUUCCAAACUUUAAUUUGUUGGAAGAGCUGUGAUCUUAUAUAGUUCAUAUAGGUUUGUCCUUACCCUGUGGGGGUCAGGUGCCAAUCAUAAACAUUCUGUGCAAGUAUCCAUGCUUAAGGACGUCUUGCAUAUCUUAGGCGGCAACAUUCUUAAUGAGAGGGCUGUUAUUAAGGGACGGCCUUUAAAGAGGGCUGGUUAUUAUAAAUUUAGGGCAGAAGGAUAUAUGAUUGAAUUCUGCUUUAGAUGUUGAUAGUUCCUCUUUUGGAUAACUGUAUAAACAGGAGCAAUAGGUUCAUUGUUUCUUUUUUCUUUUUUGUUGAUUUUGUUGUGUUGAUGUUCAGGCUGGAGGUAUGCAACAAAUUCAUUUCGAUAUAUACUAAUGAAAACUUACUCCUUUCCCUCA